AUGUCUCAUGCUCACCAUGCCGGCUUGGUGAUGCGAAACCACGUUCGUCGGGAUGUCAUCCCUGCGAAUCGAGUGCCGAUCUUUGUGCCCAGUCUCUCUGUAGCCACACAGCUUCCAACCCUUGUGGCAAGAUCCGAAUCUGAGCCGACCUCGGGACCCAAGGCCACCAGCAAUCUGGCAACGACCGUCUUUCCCAUCGUGUUCGGUGCAGGAAUUCCCAUUUUUUGUGCAUUAAUCAUCCUCGUUGUGCUUCACCGGAGACAAGUCAAGAAACUUGUGCGGGAAGAUGCUAUGGAUAAACACAAGUCUCUUGAUUUUGGACUGGAUACAGUGGGGCCUGCAACUAGGAGAAAAGGCGCCAAGGGAAUGCCCCCGAUGUCAGAACACAACCAUACCAAAGGAUUGUCUCUUGAUGUCGGACCAUACCUACUGCCUCCGGGCCUGCAACAUUCCACCGACUCUCUGCGCUCCAUGUCAAUAGAUGAUGGCAAGUACCGUCCUGCCACUGCCUCCAUUCGGUCGAACUCCAGGAAUUCCAAAUAUGGAGGUACGGAUGAUGGCAAUUCAGGUCUUCUACAGAAUGCACAGAGGAUUCCUCGUUCAUCCCCGCCGCUAUGCUCUCCUAUCGAACCUCGUGCACGCAGCCCUCUGAACCAACACGAUGACUACAUUGGGCAAGUUCCCGAAGUGACACAUCCACCUGCCGUACACCAACCCGGCAUGGCUAUUGGAAGUCCCAAUACCAACCGGAUUCCCUCGCCAGAGCCUCUGCCCCACGUGGACUCCUCUUCGGGCCUAAACUUCAGAUUGGACGAUACAGACGACAACACACAUAACAACCAGCAUGAAGAGCGCCCCAACUUCCCGCUGCCUGAGCCUUCGCAACCACGAGACUCGAACCUUGACCAGGCUCCUGCAUCACAACUUCCUCGUAUCUCCCUGCCGGUCAGCAUUGUUACUACUAGUGACUAUGGCGAUGACCGCAAGUCGCAGCAAAUUCUGCCUGCGGUCAACAUUUAUGGCACAGAAGGUGCACAGCAACGUGAUGCUCCAGCCCACGAUAACAAGCACCCAGCACUCCGAGAGGAAUCUAAGAAUCUGGAUGCGGCAUAUGACAACCGCCGCGAUACCCGCCGGAUGACUCUCGGGUUGCGCCCUUUGCCGCCAGAGGACCCCAGCGACAACCCAGAACAGCGUGCCAAUCGGAUUCGCUCCUUCUACAAGGAGUACUUCGAUGAGAACAAAACGGGCAGCCAGGAGCCCACAUACCACGAGGACUUCGGCCCUGAGUCCCGUGAGGGUGGUCGUAAUUCGGCUGGUUUCAUCUACGACCCAACCACCGGCGACUAUUUUGAUGCACGUCAUGGUGUUGCUCCAUUCGCUGAGCCGAUAACUCGUCGCGCAAUGACACCGCCGCCUCGCGCACCUCCACGCUUCCAGGGAGCCGCUCGCCACAUGGCCACCAACUCUGCUGGCAACAAUGGUCUUCCCGGCGCACGCGCCUUCUCACCUGCCUCCGGCCAUAUGCCUGGUCCACGCGGUCCCAAGAAGCCCAUCCCCCGCCCCCCGCCGCUGCAAAUCCUUCCUACUCCUCACAUGUUGACGGAUGACUCUCUCAUGAGCGCCAUGGAAUUUGCCCCGGGAAAUGGAAUCAAGGACCGCCGCGCCGGUCGCCCUGGGACACCCACCGGUGGUGUGCGCCCGUACAUCCCUGGCGCGCGUGUCCACACGCCAUUGGCCUCUGCCUUUGAUGAGCUCGCCGUGAUGCCCAGUGCCCACGCCCUGCGCAAGUCUGGCACGUUCAACAACCUGGACUUUGUGCCCCCGCCACGGUUCAAGAACGAAGGUGGUGUCGGCAGCGAUGCGGGUAGUAUCCGCAGUGGCCGGACUGCCGUCUCUGCCAACCACCAAAAUAAUAUCCGCAUGGGCAAUUACCGUGUCAGUCGUCUCCCAGCUGAAGCGGUCGGUACCAAGGACGACAUGAUGGCCAGUCUGCGUCCGAAGUGGGGUAUGAACAACGGAUAA